GGGAGCCAAGAUGGCAGCGGCAGCCAGUAUUCGAGAGAGGCAGACAGUGGCUUUGAAGCGUAUGUUGAAUUUCAAUGUGCCUCAUGUUAAAAACAGCACUGGAGAACCAGUAUGGAAGGUGCUCAUUUAUGACAGAUUUGGCCAAGAUAUAAUCUCUCCUCUGCUAUCUGUGAAGGAGCUGAGAGACAUGGGAAUCACUCUGCAUCUCCUUUUGCACUCUGAUCGAGAUCCUAUUCCAGAUGUUCCUGCAGUAUACUUUGUGAUGCCAACUGAAGAAAAUAUUGACAGAAUGUGCCAGGAUCUUCGAAAUCAACUAUAUGAAUCAUAUUAUUUAAAUUUUAUUUCUGCUAUUUCAAGAAGUAAACUGGAAGAUAUUGCAAAUGCAGCAUUAGCAGCUAGUGCAGUAACACAGGUAGCCAAGGUUUUUGAUCAGUAUCUCAAUUUUAUUACUUUGGAAGAUGAUAUGUUUGUAUUAUGUAAUCAAAAUAAGGAACUUGUUUCAUAUCGUGCCAUUAACAGACCAGAUAUCACAGACACAGAAAUGGAAACUGUUAUGGACACUAUUGUUGACAGCCUCUUCUGCUUUUUUGUUACACUAGGUGCUGUACCUAUAAUCAGAUGUUCAAGAGGAACAGCAGCAGAAAUGGUAGCAGUGAAACUAGAUAAGAAACUUCGGGAAAAUCUAAGAGAUGCAAGAAACAGUCUUUUUACAGGUGAUACACUUGGAGCUGGACAGUUCAGCUUCCAACGGCCUUUAUUAGUCCUCGUUGACAGAAACAUAGAUUUGGCAACUCCUUUACAUCAUACUUGGACAUAUCAAGCAUUGGUGCAUGAUGUACUGGAUUUCCACUUAAACAGAGUUAAUUUGGAAGAAUCUUCAGGAGUAGAAAAUUCUCCAGCUGGUGCUAGACCAAAGAGAAAAAACAAGAAGUCUUAUGAUUUAACUCCAGUUGAUAAAUUUUGGCAAAAACAUAAAGGAAGUCCGUUCCCAGAAGUUGCAGAAUCGGUUCAGCAAGAACUAGAAUCUUACAGAGCACAAGAAGAUGAGGUCAAAAGACUUAAAAGCAUUAUGGGGCUAGAAGGAGAAGAUGAAGGAGCCAUAAGUAUGCUUUCUGACAAUACUGCUAAGUUAACAUCAGCUGUGAGUUCUUUGCCAGAACUCCUUGAAAAAAAAAGACUUAUUGAUCUCCAUACAAAUGUUGCCACUGCUGUUUUAGAACAUAUAAAGGCAAGAAAACUGGAUGUAUAUUUUGAAUAUGAAGAAAAAAUAAUGAGCAAAACGACUCUGGAUAAAUCUCUUCUGGAUAUAAUAUCAGACCCUGAUGCUGGAACUCCAGAAGAUAAAAUGAGGCUAUUUCUUAUCUAUUAUAUAAGCACACAGCAAGCACCUUCUGAGGCUGAUUUGGAACAAUAUAAAAAAGCUUUAACUGAUGCAGGCUGCAACCUUAACCCCUUACAAUAUAUCAAACAGUGGAAGGCUUUUACCAAGAUGGCCUCAGCUCCUGCCAGCUAUGGCAAUACCACCACUAAACCAAUGGGUCUCUUAUCGCGAGUCAUGAAUACAGGAUCACAGUUCGUGAUGGAAGGAGUGAAGAACCUGGUUUUGAAACAGCAAAAUCUACCUGUUACUCGUAUUUUAGACAAUCUCAUGGAGAUGAAGUCAAACCCUGAAACAGAUGACUAUAGAUAUUUUGAUCCCAAAAUGCUGCGGGGCAACGACAGCUCAGUUCCCAGGAACAAAAAUCCAUUCCAAGAGGGAAAACAAGGCAAACAUAUUUUAUAUGGCUGCAGUGAACUUUUUAAUGCUACACAGUUCAUAAAUCAGUUGUCACAACUUGGACAAAAAUAACAGAGAAGAACUGUGCUAUGAUAAUCUACUUGGAAUGUGGAUAAAUGUAAAAAGAAAAGUCAAAAGAGCCAGAUGUUUCCUUCUUCAUUACUAUGUCCUAACAGUGAAAUUCAGAGUUAUUUGUUAAUUUUUAAGAAAAUUCUAUACUUAAUGUGUACUGAUUAAAAAAAUAAAGCAUUUCAGAAAUAAAAUUUUAAUAUCACUGAUUCUCCUGUCUGACAAAUCAAAAAGCACUUUGGAAGAAAAGCUCUAUCUGAAUAACAUUAGCAUAUUAAUACUAUGUUAAUAUUCUCUAUAGCAACUAAUAGAUUAUGAUUAAAGUUGUUUAUGAAUCCCCUA